GUCUUCCUUUCUUUUUGGUUUGGGGCGCGCUAGGAAGUUCUUCAUUUUAAAGUGUGUUACUGUCGGUGACAUUGCUGGCCAAUUUGGGCUUGAAUUCAGAAACAAGACCGGUAAAGGAUAUUCACAUAAAUUAUGUCUGAAAGCGAGGGUUAUAUCGUUAGGGUUCGUGGGUUGCCGUGGUCAUGCUCAACAGAGGAAAUUCGGGAAUUUUUCUCCGAUUGUAAAAUUGUUGGCGAAACUUCAGGAAUUCACUUCACGUUCACAAGGGAAGGCAGACCAAGUGGCGAGGCAUUUGUUGAAAUGGAAUCUGAUGAGGACUUGAAGUUAGCACUGAAAAAAGACAGAGAAACAAUGGGCCACAGAUACGUCGAAGUGUUUAAAUCUAACAAUGUUGAAAUGGACUGGGUUUUGAAGCAUACUGGUCCCGACAGCCCCGAUUCUGCUAAUGACGGCUUUGUUCGUCUAAGAGGUUUGCCGUUUGGCUGUAGCAAAGAAGAAAUUGUUCAGUUCUUUGGAGGGUUGGAAAUCGUGCCAAAUGGGAUAACAUUGCCGGUGGACUUCCAGGGGAGGAGUACGGGGGAGGCCUUCGUGCAGUUUGCUUCACAGGAAAUAGCUGAAAAGGCUCUAAAGAAACACAAGGAAAGAAUAGGGCACAGGUAUAUAGAAAUAUUCAAAAGCAGUCGUGCUGAAGUACGUACCCAUUAUGAUCCUCCACGUAAACCAAUGGCAAUGCAGCGUCCGGGCCCUUACGAUAGGCCAGGUGGUGGACGGGGGUAUAACAACAUGGCAAGAGGUGGUGCAUUUGACAGAAUGAGGCGUGGAGGAGGAUAUGGAGGAGGUUAUGGAGGAUAUGAUUACAAUGGCUACAGUGAUGGAUAUGGCUUUGGCUCGGACAAUAGAUUUGGGAGAGGUGGAAUGGCUGAUCACAGGUAUGGAGAUGGAUCUUCAGGUUUCCAUAACACAACUGGUCAUUGCGUGCACAUGAGAGGGUUGCCUUACAGAGCCACUGAAAAUGACAUUUAUAAUUUUUUUUCACCAUUAAACCCGGUGAGAGUACACAUUGAAAUUGGGCCAGAUGGUAGAGCUACUGGAGAAGCAGAUGUUGAGUUUGCCACACAUGAAGAUGCUGUAGCUUCUAUGUCGAAAGAUAAAGCAAACAUGCAACACAGAUAUGUGGAAUUGUUUCUCAACUCCACAGCAGGAGGAAGCUCUGGCGGCUAUGGAAACCAGAUGAUGGGUGGAAUGGGUAAUCAGUCCAACUUUAAUCCUGGCAAUCCAAUGGGUGGUUAUGGAACUGGAUAUAAUCAAGGCGGAAUGGGCGGAGGAUAUGAUUUCAACAAUCAAAUGAUACAAAUGAUUGCUUAGCCUCAUGUGCAAGCUCACAUCUGUAUGAAGAAAAUGCUGCUAGCAGAAUGUGUAUUUGAAUGGUUACAGAGAUAUUAAGUUGCUAUUACAACAUUGACAAUAUUUAAUGUUUAUUGUGACUUAUCAAAUACAGUUUAAGAACUAGGAACAAAAGAAUGCAACCACUGUGAAUAUUUGUGCUGAGCAAUAUGGCAAUUCAGUUUUUUUUAAAUACUUAUGGUUGUAGAGAUGUACAUUUGGAAGUUAGAGAAUAAAGAAGUUUCAUUAGAGGCAAUGGAUUAAGUAAUUGUUAAAUCCUGUACAUAGGAGAGGACUUGAGCAAUUAUACAAGAAAUUAGAACUGCUCAUGAGAGACUGAAUUUGCCAGCAGUAAUGGCAUACGAGGCAGAGCAGUUGGUUGCUUGUAUAGGUAAAGUUUAGUUAAAAUGAUAAAACAUUGGACAGAUGGCAUUCCAGCAGAGAUCUGAAGUUACAUGCUGCAGAAUUAGCAAAUAUAUACUAAGUAUUAUGUUUAAUUUGGGGAAAAUGCAUAGGUGGCAGUACUCUUCAAAGAAUGGCAAAGAAACAGCAAACACUCAUACAGACCAGUUUUCUAAACAUUUUUAUUAAGCAUGACAUUUUUCAAAAAGUGACAAGUUCAUUCCCACUGCUGCAGUAGCCUUUAGGAUAUUGGGCGUUUCCCCACUCACAAAAAUGGCUACUGUCAAGCUUUAAAGUUUUGGCUCUGUUUAACAUCUUCAGUCUUGACUGCUUAGUCUCAAGGAGAAAAGCAGCAGUCAGAUGUCUUCAGUACUUUCUUUCCGCCUCAAGGAGAAGCAUCUCUGCUGCUUCAUGGGAGUAGCAAUUAGCUAAAGAGUAUCAUUUCUGGCAGGUAGGGCCCCAUUGAGAGGCCCUUCCGCACACAAAUUGUUGCCCUUUUAAAAAAAUGUUUAAUUUUGUUUUUCUGUCAUAAAGUGAUAUUUUCCCUUUAA